AUGAACGUUUGCAGUUCACGAUACUGUCAAUAUAAUUUGGCUGGCUCAUAAAUGGUUCCAAUACCAAAAUAUAGAGUGUAUUGUCCUUUUUGUAAACAUUCCUAUUAUUGUUCUCAAAGAUGUCGAGAUAUUGAUUGGUAAAUUUGAUUUAAUAUACAAGGACAUCUGGACAUAAAAACUAAUGUAUUCCUUAAAACAUGUUAAAUUCAUAGGAAAUUGCAUAUAGUGAUAAGGUGUCAACUCUAAGAUAAAUGAAAAGAAGUCCAGAAGAGUUUGAACUUAUUUAUGAUUAUCCAUAACUUGGUAAAGGCAGUUUUGGAGCAGUUAGAUUAGUAAAAGAUAGAACUAAUGGAUAGUUACAUGCAAUGAAGAUAGUACAUUUGAUUAUCAUCAUUAGAUGAAUAAGAAAGAUAUUUUUGAGUAUUGUUCAAUUGAAAAUCUCAAGAGAGAGAUUAGAAUACAAAGGAAAUUAAAUCAUCCAAAUAUCACAUAAUUAUUUCACUAUUUUGAAGAUAAAGAUAAGGUUUAUCUUAUUUUGGAAUAUGCAGAACAUGGAUCUUUAUUCUAAUUAUUAAGAAGAAGAGGAAAAUUAAAUGAAAACGAAGCUUUAAAGUUUUUUAAGUAAACUUGUUUAGGAAUUGAUUAUCUACAUCAAUAAAAUAUAAUUCAUAGAGAUCUCAAAGUAAUUUCUAUUAAACAUGAUAUAGCCUGAAAAUAUAUUAUUAGAUGUGGCUGAUAAUGUCAAGAUUUGUGAUUUUGGAUGGUCAGCUGAAAACUUAGGUUCAAAAAAAAGAAGCACAUUUUGUGGAACAAUAGAUUAUAUGGCCCCUGAGAUGAUUGAAGAUAGACCUCAUGAUCACACUCUAGAUAUAUGGUGUUUAGGAAUACUAUUAUAUGAAUUAUUACAUGGUGAAGCUCCAUUCAAAGGUAAAAACGACAUUGAAAAAUGUAAUAAUAUUGUAAAAAUCAACUACUAAAUUAUUGAUAAUAGUUUGAGUUCUGAUGUUAAGGAUCUAAUCACUGGUCUUAUCAAAUAUAAAUAAAAAGAUAGAUUAACAAUAAAAUAGAUUUUGAAUCAUAAAUGGCUCAAAAAGAAUGAAUUUGAAUUAGAAAUGUUGUCAAUCCCAUAAAAUAGAGUUAGAGUUAAUGGUAAUACUAUGCAUUAAGAAAAUUAAUAUCUCUCUAAAUCUACAGCUACUUCCUAAUAAUCUUUUCUCAGGUAAAACUUAACAUUUUAAACUCAAACUGAAAAUUCCAUUCAAGAUUAUAAGUAGCAAUACCGUCGUAGUAGACAUUCUGAUUCUUAGAAAAAAGAGAUAAGAUCAUAAACAGUUAAAUAAAAAAAUGAAACUUUUAUGCAGAAAUUAUUGGUAGCUUUAGGUUGUGUUAAAAGAGAUUCAUAUGUUGAUCCAAGUUGUUUAGAUACUUAAAAAUAAUGA